ACGGUAAGUAGCUCGCAGUGAAUACGAGACAAGCGUUGAGUCCAUGGUGAUAUUUGACAUUUUUCAUGACGAGCGUGGAUCGUGUGUGUUGACUUCUACGAAGUCUUUAUGCUGACAUUCGUGUCUUCGAGCGUCAAAUGAACAUCUUUACUUUCAGGCAGACAAAUAUGCUAGGCUAGGCCGCUAUGAUCCGUUUAGCAAUGUAGGCUACGUUAGCUCGCUCUGAACCAAGAAAGGAUCCCAAACACCAGGCCAUCCUCUCAGAUUGGACUAGGUUCUUGUGAAAUGCAUCUGUGCAAGAAAUGUUCUGCCUUCAGAGUGGUGCUGAUUGCUCUCCUGUUGGUGGCGCUGCUGCAGCUCCUUUACUUGUCCUUUUUGUCCAAGUUUCAAAACAAUCAAACAAUCAAACAGCAACGGUACCGCUACUCGGAGGUCUUUGGAGUCUCUGGUCCCAGGAACAUCGAACACCACGAGAAGAACUCACGCAAGGAGCGUCUGAGGUAUUCUCUCUCUACCGGGGGCAUCUUUGACAACAAUGGACAGUACCGAGUGUACAAGAACCUUAUUAAAAGCGAUCAAAAUCCGGCCUCCAAAGUCCUGACUUUGGCCACCCACACGACCAUCAACAACCUUCACCACCUUGAAGCGCUUGUGGAGAGGUGGCAGAACCCGCUCUCAGUGGCUAUCUUUGCUCACGGCCAGGAUGUCAAGUUUGCCACAGCCUUGGUGUAUGCGCUCAGUUUGCUGUGCCCUCAUAUCCAGUCCCUGGUGGACUUCCACCUGGUCUGCCUCUCAGGGGAGAUGGCCAGCUUCCCCGAGCAGGACCACCAGACCUUUGCAGGCCUGGAUGACUGCGCCGCCGUCUUCUCCAGGCUGGACUCUUACAGGGAUAAAUAUAAGAACUAUGCCAUCAGCGGAAACAUUUCCUACCCCAACAACCUUCUUCGGAACGUGGCUCGGGGGGGCGCAGAGUCCUCUUAUGUCCUGGUGAUAGACAUGGACAUGAUGCCCAGUGCCGACCUGCACCGAGACUUCCUGGCCAUGGUCUUGAGGCACGAGCCCGCCCCCGAUCAGGUGUUCGUCUUGCCCGCCUUUGAGAUCCGUCACGCCAGGAAGAUGCCCGCCACCAAGGCCGAGCUGGUGCAGCUCUACCAGGUGGGCGAGGUGCGGCCGUUUUACGAAGAGCUGUGUCCUCGCUGCCAAGGCCCUACUAAUUACUCGCGGUGGAUCAACGGCCACGUCCGAGGCAAUGACGCCCUGGAGGUGGCCUACACGCUCACCUGGACCGUUCCCUGGGAGCCGUUCUACAUCGGCUCGCGUGGCGUUCCGCUCUACGACGAGGGCUUCAAACAGUAUGGCUUCAACCGAAUCAGCCAGGCCUGUGAGCUCCAUGUGGCCGGCUACCGCUUCUCUGUGCUGAGCUCGGCCUUCCUGGUCCACCGCGGCUUCAAGAUCCAGGGCGAGUUCCACGCCAGGAAGGAGGAGGAGAACAAACGCAACCGGCUUCUGUUUCGCAGCUUCAAAGAGGCUCUGAAGAGCAAAUAUCCAUCUUCUAGCAGGAGAUGCUGAAAAGACUCGCUCGGGUUCAGGUGGUCCACUUUCCUGAAUAACAUUUCGGUCAGUGACGCCAGCGGCCACCAGAUGGCAGCAGGCGCCUUGGCUUUGACUUCGGUGCUGUUGACAGUGCAUGUGAUGUGCUGAAACAUUGGCCCCGCCCCCUUAGCAGAGGCUCAAAUCACUGACAUACGACGAAAUGCUUUUCUCUUCACUGCUAGCGCGACUAAAUCAGAGAUCUUCACUGUCUUUGUCAGCCUGCCUCGUUAGCAUCCAAGUAGCAUCUGUAGCGCCUGAGCCUUUGUUGUCAUUUCUUCACAGUAUUUAUUGUCAAGUCAUUUGGUUAUUUAUUGUUACAUCGCACUGAUUUCUAUUUAUUUGGGGUUUGUACUGUUCUUAAUAAAGCUACAGGAGGACAACCACCAAGUCAUCUUAUUUUACAGAUGUAUCUAAACCCUUCUAAUUCUGAGAUUUUGGAACAAAGCACCCAAAACAGUCAUACCCAAAGUAAAUAUAAAGCUGUCCUUGAACCAUGUGGAGUAGAGGCAUGGAUUUCUUUUUUUUUUUUAAAGCUAACAAGCUGAAUUUUUCUCCCCAACAAUCAGAAUCUGUGUAAAUCAGGGGUGUACAAAGUGCGUUCCUUUGGCUAUUUUCGACCUGAAGCUAAUUC